GAGAUCGAUCGGUCGGUCGGCUCGGAGGCGGCGAUGGCGCGGGAGAGGCGCGAGAUCAAGCGGAUAGAGAGCGCGGCGGCGCGCCAGGUCACCUUCUCCAAGCGCCGCCGGGGCCUCUUCAAGAAGGCCGAGGAGCUCUCCGUCCUAUGCGACGCCGACGUCGCGCUCAUCGUCUUCUCGUCCACUGGGAAGCUCUCCCAGUUCGCCAGCUCCAGUAUGAAUGAGAUCAUCGACAAGUACAGCACACAUUCUAAGAACCUGGGGAAAGCAGACCAGCCUUCUCUUGACUUGAACUUAGAACAUAGUAAGUAUGCAAAUCUGAACGAUCAGCUUGCGGAAGCUAGUCUUCGACUUAGACAGAUGAGAGGCGAGGGGCUUGAGGGGUUGAGUGUUGAUGAACUCCAGCAGUUGGAGAAGAACCUUGAAACUGGUCUGCACAGGGUGCUUCAGACGAAAGAUCAACAAUUCUUGGAGCAGAUCAAUGAAUUGCAACGAAAGAGCUCACAGCUGGCAGAGGAGAACAUGCAACUGAGGAACCAAGUAUCCCAGAUACCAAUAGCUGGCAAGCCAGUUGUUGCUGAUACCGAAAAUGUUAUUGCUGAGGAUGGGCAGUCCUCUGAAUCUGUCAUGACGGCGUUGCACUCGGGAAGCUCACAGGAUAACGAUGAUGGUUCAGACGUAUCCCUGAAAUUGGGAUUACCCUGCAGUGCGUGGAAGUAAACUAUAUAAAAUCGUCAGUUCAGAUCUUUAUGGAACUGUCCACGUCAGUGGAGAAGCUCUUGUGUAAUCGACAAACGUACCUGAGCUGCUAUAAUCUUGCGGCUGAAGCGAGAUCAGUUAACCUGAUUUAUCAUCCUUGUGGCUGCAUGACGUGAUGUUCCCGUUUUUACCGUUUACUAGGAUGUUAACUAAACUUUUAGAUCGAUCUGAUGUCCAUCUCAUCCCCGUUGACACUAUUCGUUCAUGGUAUCAAUGUACCUUAACUGUCAGUAUAUCUUAAAAUUAUGGUCUAUAUUUGCA